UUCUAACACUCUUGAGUUUGAUUUGAUUGAAUAUACUUCUUUGUCAAGUAGAUUAAUUAAUAAAAAAACAUAUAGCCAUAGCUGCAUUAAACAUGACUAUCAUAAUGUCUUUUCAUCUGUUCUUCCUCUGCAUCAUAAUGCCCUUCCUUGUAUUUUGUGAUGUUGGAAUGCAUUCAGGUUCUUCAACACAAAUUUUUCAUUCUUACCAUGAAGACAAAAAUGGUUCCAUAAUAGCAUCAGAAAAAUCAGAACAUUCAAAUUCCACCUCAACAAAAUUUUGGUUUCAUGGUUCUUGCAGAAAAAGAGACAUUAGUAUCUCACAAAGCAAAGCUUCAACUACUGGAAUUCCACAGUACAUUGUGAAUAUUGUCAACACUUGUGUUUCUGGUUGUGCUCCUCAUGAUAUCCAUCUUCAUUGUGGCUGGUUUGCUUCAGCAAGAAUAAUCAACCCUAAAUUGUUCAAGAGACUCUCUUAUGAUGAUUGUUUGGUGAAUGGAGGGAAACCUUUGAGUUCUAGCCAGAUUAUUAGAUUCACUUAUUCUAAUUCCUUUAUGUACCCUCUUGCAUUUAAGUCUGCUAGGUUUUGCUGAGUCCAGAAAUAGAAUUUUAAAAAUUAUAGUCCCUAUUUAUUCAAAACCUUGUUUACAUUAACAAGAGAAAUUAAAUUAUAGAAUUUUUCUUUAGUUUAAAUUAUAUGGUUGUAGCAUAAUGUUGCAUGGAACACUUGGAGAUUAAAAUCAAAUAUGGUGAUUCUUCAGUAUAAUAGCCUCUUAAUGCUGUGUG